UCUCACGUUACCCUUGAUCGCUGUAUAUUGGAAUUUCAAGAAUAAUGAGCCAGUAUAUCUAGAGGAACACGUCCUACCUUGCGUGCAACACUCGUAGCAACCUCAUAGCACAGAGGCACAAACAAAUCACAUGACCGCAAACCAACCAUCAUCGCCACUCACUCCCAAAUCUCACGCAACUACCUACCAUACUACUCAACUUUCACCCACCUCACUCCAAGCUUAUCAUCGACUUACACCAACUCACCAAAGCCUCACACAACUCACACAACACCAACCAAAACUCAUAAACCCACAAACCCAAACUUCAUCGACGAUGACGGUCCUCACGAUCUGCCCCCCAACACCCUCCGAAACCCCUCAAAUCGCCUCCAUCCACAUCUCAUCAAUGUCCUCCAACCCCUUACUUCCGCUGCAAUUCCCCACGACCGCCUCCCUCGCCGACCUCCACGACCACCUCGCGAAAGACGCCCUGCAUCACCUCCGUGAUCACAACACGCCACGGAUCCUCGUGGCGCGCGUCAGCUCCGACACCGACGAAAUGGAUGAGGCGGAUGCCGAUGCCGACGCCGACGCCGAUGAUGCUACCGGCACCGGGGGGAACGGCGGACGUGUCAUUGCCUUUGUGAAAUGGGACAUCGUCCGACGUCGAGGUCAAGGUGGAAGUCGAAGCCAUGUCAUUGAAACACCCACCGCAUCCGCCAGCGGCUCACGACGCUUAGAGCCGGGCAAUAUACUGCCAACAACGGCAGAGGCGGGUGCGGUGGAUGACGGGAGUAAAGAACAACCUCCUCGGAACCAACAACACCACCAAAACUCCAAGGCGGAGGAAGCAGCGGCAGCAGAAGGAGAGGAGGAGGAGGACAACGAAGAAAGCGAAGACGAAGAAGAGUGGCCCGCUUCAGCGAACCGAGACUACCUCACCGCCUACGCGACCGCCGCAUCAAAAGCACGUCGGGAAGCCAUGGGCUCCCGGCCUUUUCUCCGUGAGUGCCCUACACCUUUCAAAUAUCUUGUUUAUCACUACUCGUCCACUCUUGCCUUUCGGUCCUUUCUUUUUCUCUGACAAUCUGAUUGUUGUUAUUUUGAAACCCC